UGUCCCCACGUACCGCUGCUUCUUCAACCAAAUGAUCUUCCAUACAUUGUUAGUCCUUACUCUGUUUUGUUAUUAAUCCAUUCCAAGCUUCCAGCUUUUCAUUAUCUAAAACAAUCACGAAAGGAUCAAAGCUCAAAGAUCAGGUUUUGAUGGAGAAAUCUGGGUAUGGAAGAGAUGGGAUUUACAGGUCUUUAAGGCCACCGAUAGAUUUUCCCAAGGAACCAAAUCUUUCAAUGGUUUCGUUUCUGUUCAGGAACGUGUCUUGUUACCCUUACAAACCAGCGCUCAUCGAUGCAGAUUCUGGGGAAACCCUCACUUUCUCUCAGUUGAAAUCCACUGUCAUCAAGCUCUCCCAUGGAUUUCUAAAACUGGGUAUCAACAAAAGCGACCGAGUAUUGAUCUUUGCUCCCAAUUCAGUCCAAUUCCCUCUUUGUUUCUUUGCCAUAACAGCCAUCGGUGCCAUUGCUACAACUGCCAACCCCAAUUACACUGCUAACGAACUCUCGAAACAACUCAAAGAUUCCAAUCCCAAGCUUGUUGUCACCGUCCCUGAAUUGUUCGACAAAGUUAAGGAUUUCAACAUCCCUUUGAUCUCCCUUGGUUCUAAACGGAACCAACGAGGAUUUAAUGUAAAAAACACCCCAAAAAUCCUUUCUUUUCAUGAUCUUCUUGAUAUAGCGGGUAACGUAACAGAGUUUCCCUCGGUUUCCGUUAAGCAGACCGAUACAGCAGUGCUGCUUUACUCUUCGGGGACGACGGGACUCAGUAAAGGUGUUGUUCUGACACAUGGGAAUUUCAUUGCAUCAUCUUUGAUGGUGACAAAGGAUCAAGAACUUGCAGGGGAUAUCCACCGGGUUUACUUGUGCAUCUUGCCUAUGUUUCAUGUGUUCGGAUUGGCUGUCAUGGUGUACGCGCAGGUGCAGAUGGGAAAUGCUUUGGUGUCAAUGGCGAAGUUCGAUUUUGAGAUGUUUUUGAGGAAUGUGGAGAAGUACAGAGCCACCCAUUUGUGGGUUGUGCCUCCUAUUGUGCUUGCUAUGGCUAAGCAGAAUGUGGUUGACAAGUUUGAUCUUUCCUCAUUGAAGCAAAUUGGUUCUGGGGCUGCACCUUUGGGAAAAGAGUUGAUGGAGGAGUGUGCAAAGAAGUUCCCUCAAGCAGUUGUUAUGCAGGGCUAUGGAAUGACUGAAACCUGUGCAAUUAUCUCAAUGGAGAAUCUCGCAUUUGGUGUCCGACAUACUGGCUCAGCUGGACUGCUUGCUCCAGGUAUUGAAGCUCAGAUAGUCAGUACAGAGAACCCAAAGCCUCUUCCUCCAAAACAAUUAGGGGAAAUAUGGGUUCGAGGGCCUAAUAUGAUGCAAGGAUACUUCAACAAUCCUGAGGCAACUAAACAGACAAUAGAUGAAAAGGGUUGGGUGCAUACUGGAGAUCUUGGAUACUUCAACGAGAACGGUUAUCUCUAUGUUGUUGACAGAAUUAAGGAGUUGAUCAAGUACAAAGGUUUCCAGAUUGCACCAGCAGAGCUUGAAGGUCUACUUGUAUCUCACCCUGAAAUAGUGGAUGCUGUCACUAUCCCAUAUCCUGAUGAUGAAGCUGGUGAGGUCCCAGUUGCAUACGUUGUUCGCUCACCCAACAGUUCGUUAACCGAAGAAGAUGUUCUAAAGUUUAUUGCUAAGCAGGUGGCACCUUUCAAAAGGUUAAGGAAGGUCACAUUCGUAAGCAGUGUCCCAAAGUCGGUAUCAGGGAAAAUCCUGAGGAGAGAACUUAUAGCCAAAGUAAGAUCCAAAAUGUGAAAUUCUAUAAUUCUGUUUUAGGCACAUAGCAUGAAUACAAACUAGCGGUUAAGUUAAAGCUGUCUUUGUCUAAAUUUGUAACUAUAUUAUUGGGGUAAAAUUACAACGAACAACAGAUUAUUGGGUCAAUAAAUGUUUCAGUUCCUCGAAAA